CCUUAGUAUUUUACAUGUGUUUGAUGGUAUUAUGACAAGUCAAAUGACAACAGCAAACCAAUAUUUAUUGUCACCGAGUGCGUAAUAGCUGAACUUGCUAUUAGUUCAAACACAUUUUCUUCAGUGACAGUUUGUACUUUAUCGUGGCCAAAGUCUUAAAAUACAAAUAAAAUCACAAACUCAGAUGCAUUAUCCUGUUGGUUAUAAUCGAUCUCUAAUGAUCGUCUUGUUGGUGGCGUACUUCAUACGAGCUGGUCGCUGCUCACCUGAAGAUGCUGAGUUGCCGACUUCGGAUGCGGCUGAAGUCGCUGACAAAACCGCCGCAACCGCAGACUCGACCGACUCAAAAACCGAUCCAAUCACCGAUCCAGCCACCGCCGCCACCGAUCAACCACCUACAGUCGAUGACGGAAAACCAUCGACGUUCUCCAAGUGCAAAGUGGAGCUGUACAAGUCGCUAUCGACCAUUGGCAGAGGCGCCGGUAUGUUUCUGAAGGGUUUUGGACAGGCCGCAUUAAGCGUGAUGGGCGCCUUGUUCGGCGCGUUUAAUGGCUUACUCUCGAUAAGCGCGACCACGGGGGAAAAGGUGGCAUCUGGCGUAAAUUUAGUGAACAACGCUGCUGGCAGAAUCGUACUGGUGCGCGACGUAACUGGUGGAGCGGCCACACUGGCCACCAACUUGGCCACUACAAACCGCCUAAACUCGGAAUUUAUAAUCGAGAAUCGUGAUAAGCUAUUUGAUUCGUUGGACAAAAGACUGGACAACUACCAUCCUGAGUCCGAGAAGUUCCUGAUAGCACCCACCACUGACGAGGGUGGUACAGAUGGCAAAUCGACUGACACGACCGCCGCCGCUGCAGCACCACCAACUAAUGAAGGCGCCCAAGCGACCACUGCUGAAGCUGCACCAGCGACGACACCUCCGGUCCAAUCAUAGCCACCACACAGUACCACGUUUUUAUAGUUUUAUUACUGUCAACCAUAUCAUAUUCCUUCGUAACCGAGUUGUCACUUUGUCACAUUCAAACUCGACAAAAAUUACACUACUUCAAGCUAGUACUAUAACAAUACAAAACUAUAAUACAUAAUAUAAGCAUUGAUACGUAGAGCUUAAGGGUGUCAGACAUGUUGGAGAAGGCUAUAUUUUAAUAAGGGGUAAAAAUGUAGGCAAUUUCUAGUUACGUGAUACGAAAGCCAUACAAUAGAAAGUAUGAAAAAAUCAAAUCAAAAAAUGUCAACGAUCAAAAAAAUUAUCAUGCCUAAUAGAAUAGUCGAAUUUUGUUUUUAUUAACUUUGAAUAUUGAAAAUUUCCAUUUAAACAAAAAUGCAUUCCAAAUAACUCAAUCAAUUAUGAUAUACAGACGUUUAUUAACUUUUUAAAAUAUAGUUUUUAAAAUUAGAAACCAAUACUAUCUGUAUAAGGUCUUGAGUUCCCAAAUAAAAAUAUUAGAAAUAUAUAAAAUAUAUUAUUAUAUAUAACUGACAAUUUCACGGGCUUGAGAGUUUUUCAUGUAACUAUUUUUGUACUAAAAAUAUCUCAGUUCUGACACCCUUGGUGUUCUUUGUACCUAUUUAAAAUUACUUUAAAUAGUAUUAAGGAGACUCUGAACUCUUUUAUUAUGUUUUUUCCGCCUUACAAACGUAAAACAUAACAAAUCUGUAUUGAACAGAACCAUUUUUUUAUUAUCAAAUUGGAUACUACGGUGAAUCGACUAUUUAACUAUUUAAUUUAAAGAUAAGAAUAUAGGCUUUUGCUUUUUAUUGAUAUCUACUUAAAAUGUAAUGCUAAUUAUGAACGCAAUACAAUUAAUUGUAAUAUUUCACCUAGUGUAACUCCCAUUAAAACUAAAAUAUGAAUAAAAAAUGUGUGUAGUUCCUUACAUAGUAUACUUGCCUUUAACUUUGACAAUCGGUUAAUUUACUUUAAGAGGAUUUUAUACCCGCAUGUGUUGUCUCCGCCUUACAAGUGCGUAAAAUAGCAAAUUCUACGCUCAGCAGAACACGUGUAGCUCCGUUGGUUUAAAAAUUAGGGUGAAUUGACCUC